AUGGAAUCUAGACUGGCUGACUUCAUAACUAAUGCAUCUCAAGUUAUGAACUCGACGUUAGCUGCAAGUGUGGUCGCGUUGGUUGAAACUUCGUCUGAGAUCAAAGAAAAUGCCUCGGUGACGGUUCAGCACCUCGUAAAUGAAGUCCGCGUUCUUAAAGAUCAACUAAAAGUCCCCUCCAUCUACUUCCUUGCACGCAUUACUUCCGACGCAUACAUACAAACUACCCAGGAUGUAGUCUUCCAGACAGUGGAGGUCAACGAAGGUCAAUGUUAUGAUCCUGCAACUGGCAAGUUCACUGCCUCCGUCUCUGGAAUGUAUCUGUUCUUAGUUUAA